AUGUUUCCUAGCUUUAUGAGCUCGUCAACGGCUGUUGAGCAGGAGCGAAGAGAGGACGAUGUUCAAUCCCUGGACGAGUCCCUUGCGCCUCCCUACGCCAAAGAGUUUAUCUCUUUUAUCAAUGCCGCGCCCACUGCAUAUCACACAUGUGCAUUCUUUGCAAGUCAACUUCGAUCAGCAGGCUUUAUUGAGCUCCCUGAGCGCUCGUCUUGGCUGUCCAUUCGCCCUGGAGGGAAAUAUUACACUACUCGGAACUCAUCUUCUAUCAUUGCUUUCGCCGUAGGGGGCCGCUACACUCCACCCAACGGAAUAGCAGCCAUCGCAGCACACAUCGACGCACUCUGUUGGAAGAUCAAGCCUUAUUCGAAAGACGAGAAAGGAGGCUUCUUGAGGUUGGGUGCGGCUCCCUAUUCGGGAGGAGGGCCGAGCACGAAGUGGGACGCGAGCCACUCAACCUGGUGGGACCGAGAUUUGAGCUUGGCAGGCAGAGUACUUGUAAAGGGAAAGGAUGGGAAGGUCAUUCAGAAGCUGGUUAAUCUUGGAAAACCCAUUGCUCGCAUACCAAGCUUAGCCAAGCACUUUGGCGAGCCUGCGUUGGGGCCGUUCAACUUCGAGACGAACAUGGUACCCAUCAUCGGUAUGAGCAGUGAAAAGGAGGACACCGACAUUCCGGGGGUCAUUGGGAAGCAGCAUUCUGCCAGGUUGUUGAAGGCGAUUGCCAAAGAGCUAGGUGUUUCCGCUCAGGACAUCGUCGAUUUUGACCUCGAGCUGUACGACAUAACACCUUCCGUCUUCCUAGGCCUUGACGACGAGUUCAUUUCCUCCCCGCGUUUGGACGACAAGCUCUGUUCCUUCGCAGCCAUAUCAGCGCUGCUCGCUUCCAGCUCCGAUCCCGAGUUUUUCGAGCAGAGCGGGACGAUCAGCAUGGUUGCUCUGUUUGAUACGGAGGAGAUUGGCAGCAGGUUGAGGCAGGGUGCGAAAAGCAACUUCUUGCAGAUUGUUGCAGAGAGGACCGUGGAGGCGCUCGGUGGAAAGGGAAAGGGCCCAUAUGGGCAGGUCAUGGCCAAUUCGUUCAUGGCAUCAGCAGAUGUAACUCACUCCCUGAACCCGAACUUCUCUGAAGUCUACCUCUCCACCGCUGCGCCGUUGCUCAACAAAGGCAUCGCCUGCAAGGUCGAUCCCAACGGGAACACGACGAGCAACGCGACUAGCAUGGCCCUCGUGCGCAAGAUCGGAGAGAAGUACGGGUGUGAAGUCCAAUUAUUCCAUAUUCGCAACGACUCCCGCUCCGGAGGUACAGUAGGGCCCAUGCUCUCAGAGCGCCUGGGCAUGCCUUGCGUCGACAUUGGCAUCCCACAAAUGUCGAUGCAUUCUAUCCGCGGGCUCACGGGCUCUAAAGACCCAGGCCUGGGAGUCAAGUGGAUGGAAGGGCUGUUCAGAGGGUUCGAGGAGUUGUCCAGCUAUGUGGGGUUUGAGUGA